UUUAAUUUUGAUACUCCCUUCAAGCUCCCAAUUCCAUUCAGAAAAAUAGUACUCCACUAUUCGAUAAAUAUGCAAACAAGAGAAUUUUAUCGUUCCUCGUACAGCAGAGCAGAGCAGGGCCGCACCCCCGCCCGGAGAAGAAGGUCCACAAUGGGGCGGUUGAUUGUGGAGAAAGAAAAAUCGAGAGAGGAAGAACGCGAACAAGGAGAAGGAGGAGGAAGAGACGACACCGUUUUGGUUCCGCCCAUUAACUUCUCAAUGGUCGAAGAGGGCAUCUUCAGAUCUGGCUUCCCCCAGCCCUCCAACUUGCCGUUCCUCCACACCCUCAAUCUGCGAUCCGUCAUAUAUUUGUGCACGGAACCGUAUCCUCGAGAAAACUUGGAUUUUCUCCAAACCCACAAAAUUCAGCUCUUCCAAUUCGGAAUUGAUGGGACUAAGGAGCCUUCUGUUACUCUUCUCAGUAAUGUUAUCACGGCGGCUCUGAAAGUCAUUCUUGAUGUGAGAAAUCAUCCAGUUUUGAUUCAUUGCAAACGAGGGAAGGUAUGGCACAAGUUUGUAUCUUACCAGCAUCAGCUGUUAGAUAGGAUAUUGUUUUUUUGGCACUUUAUGUUGUUUCACUUCACUCGUCGUAUUUGUGUGGCUUUCAUCUAUACUUGUUUUCAUCUUCGCAUGUGUGCAUGUGCAUGUUCCAAGCGCGGGAGAUCUCAUAUUCGUCAGUCAUCGAACCAAAAAGCACAUCUUGCUAGCAUUACAUACAUUUUGUUGAGGGUGAAUCCAUAUUUUCUCAAGUUCCACUGACUUAGACGAGCUUCCAAAAAAAAAACAUUUGGAAGUUUCCAAACGAUGGCAUAGGCUACUCAUUCCUUCUUUCUUGAUUAUAGGGUCUUUUUGUUAUUGGCCUUCUUUUCGUACAUGGGUGGCCUUCCUCCCGUGAUGCCUUUUCUCAGUUAUCUAUUUUAUUGGUGUUUGUUGGGAGACUUAACUAGUUGGUUGUCUUUUGUCUCCUAUAGUUUAACAUUCCUUGUUUGAGAGGAAGCUGUCAUUCUUACCUUUUGCUUUAAUUUUUUUCCUUUCUUUUGAAAAGUUGGGUUUUUGCGUUCUAUUAGUUUUUUUGGUACAGAAACAGUUAUCUCAAUUGUGUUAUAAACUUAAAUUGUCACUACUAUUUUUUUUUCCUUUUUCAAUUUUUGUUUAGUUUUCUUUCAUAGAUGUGUUUGUUAGGGUCCUAAGUAAAACAUACAUGGAACAGAAAAUAAGGUUUUUCCCUUUCGGGGAAUUUUUCAGUUUGCUGGUUUGUAUGAUUAGUGUCCUGAUU